GGCGACAGAAUGAUGCUCAGGAGCCGGCUGGUGUCCCUCUCCUGGAUGUGGUUACUUCUAAGCGUGUGCCAAUCACACGGUGUCACUGAUGACAAGCCUAACAUCGUCCUUAUCAUGGUGGAUGACCUGGGCAUCGGAGACCUGGGUUGCUAUGGCAACGAUACCGUGAGGACGCCAAACAUUGACCGCUUGGCUUCAGAAGGUGUGAAGCUGAAGCAAAACAUAGCGGCAGCCUCGCUGUGUACCCCGAGCAGGUCCGCGUUCCUCACCGGCAGAUACCCCAUCCGGACAGGCAUGACUUCUAAUACAACUAACCGUGUCAUCCACUCCCUUGGCGUCCCUGGCGGACUCCCUGUUAAUGAAACGACAUUUGCAGCCUUAGCCAAGAAGGAAGGCUAUAGCACAGCUCUUAUCGGCAAAUGGCAUCAGGGCUUAAACAGCCGAUACAGAGGCGACCACGCCCACCAUCCUCAUAAGUAUGGGUUUGAUUUUUACUACGGCUUGCCGUUCAGCCUGUACAAUCCUUGCUGGCCGGACCCUUCACGCGACGCGGAACUGGCCAUCACCCACCGAGUCUGCGUCUGCGUGCAGCUGAUUGCCGUCACUGCCUUAACCCUCGCCUUAGGGAGACUGACUGGCUGGCUCUGCGUCCCCUGGUUCCUCAUGCUGUUAAUGGCCCUUUUUAUUUUCCUGCUGGGCUACUUUUGGCUCUCCAGCUACACGUCUGGCCUGUACUGGAACUGUAUCAUGAUGCGAGAAGACGAGAUUACUGAACAGCCCAUGAAGGCAGACAGGGCUGAGACCAUCAUGAUGAAAGAGGCGGUUUCAUUUUUAGAAAGGAACCGUGAAGGACCUUUCCUGCUGUUUUACUCUUUUCUUCAUGUUCACGAACCCCUCCCCACGACGGAGGCAUUCAUUGGCACCAGCCAGCAUGGCUUAUACGGCGACAAUGUGGAGGAGAUGGACUUCUUCAUGGGCAAGCUUCUCAGUGCCAUUGACAAUUUCGGGCUGAGGAACAACACCCUCGUCUACUUGACGUCAGAUCACGGAGGUCACCUGGAGGCCAGGCUGGGCCACGCCCAGCUGGGUGGAUGGAACGGAGUCUACAAAGGUGGGAAAGGCAUGGCUGGCUGGGAAGGUGGAAUUCAUGUCCCUGGGAUUGUCCGGUGGCCCGGGGUACUGCCCGCUGGAAGUGAAAUUGAGGAACCUACAAGCUUGAUGGAUAUUGUACCAACUGUCGCGGCAGUGACGGGAGGAACACUCCCUCAGGACAGGGUGAUUGACGGCCGAAACUUAAUGCCCCUGCUUCAGGGGAAGGUCCAGGAAUCAGACCACGAGUUCAUGUUCCACUACUGCGGGUCGUUCCUCCACGCCGCCCGCUGGAACCCAAAGGACAGCCAGGCAGUGUGGAAGGUCCAUUAUGUGACACCCGUGUUCCAGCCACCGGGCGCUAAAGCGUGCUAUGAGACCAAGUACUGUACGUGUUCAGGGGACCUGGUCACCUACCAUGACCCUCCGCUGCUCUUCGAUCUGUCCAGAGACCCCUCUGAGUCCACACCGCUAACAGGGGACACGGAGCCCCUCUAUGACUUAGUGAUCAACACGGUGGCCGACGCCCUGGAGGAGCACAAGAAAACCCUCACCCCGGUCGAGCAGCAGCUUGGGGUGGAACUGAAUGAGGACAGUAUAUGGCUGCGGCCCUGCUGUGGGGUGUUUCCAUUCUGUAUGUGUGACAAGGUAGGGGAUGUCUCCACCCUGGAGGCCUGAUGAGAAGCCACGAUGGACAGUGGGCAGCCAGAAGCCGCCAACGUUGACCCUUUGAAAUGUGCAAGGAGUGCGUUUGGCAAUAAACUCAUCUACCAUUCCAGGUUAUUAAA